GUCACAAAUUGAGCUGUUCCUUGUGAGGAAGAUCACAUCUCUCUCUCUCUCUCUCUGAAUUUCAAACAUUCCUUCUUCUUCCUGUGUGUAAACUUCUGCCUCCAUAACCUCAUAGUGUCGACAUGGGAUGCCAGCAAGACCCUCUUGUCCAAAGAGUCUGCGAACUGUAUGAGAAGAUCUCAAGCCUCGAGUCUCUCGAACCAUGCAACGAUGUCAACAUGCUCUUCACUCAGCUUGUCCUCACGUGCAUGCCACCAAACUACCCAAUCGAUGUCACAAAACUAUGCAGAAAGGUUCAAGAAAUGAGGUCCAACCUCAUCAAGCUCUGUGGUGAAGCUGAGGGUCUCUUGGAAAGCCACUACUCCUCCAUCUUGGCCUCAUAUGACAACCCGAUUGACCACCUCCACAUCUUCCCUUACUUCACCAACUACCUCAAGCUGAGCCAACUCGAGUUCACCAUCUUGAGCCAGCACCACUUGGGGCGCGAGCCGAGCCGGGUCGCCUUCGUGGGCUCCGGCCCGCUCCCGCUGUCCUCGGUUGUCCUAGCCUCUAACCACCUGACCAAGACUCAUUUCCACAACUAUGACAUUGACCCCUCAGCCAAUUCCAAGGCCCUCCAAUUGGUCUCGCCUGACCCUGACCUGUCCAAGAGAAUGGUCUUUCACACCACAGAUAUAAUGGAUGUCACAUGUGCCUUGAGGGACUAUGAUGUCAUUUUCUUGGCAGCUUUGGUGGGUAUGGAGAAGGAGCAAAAGAUUAGGGUUAUUGAGCAUCUGGCCAAGUACAUGGCCAAUGGGUCAAUCUUGAUGCUUAGGAGUGCUCAUGGUGCUAGGGGUUUUCUGUACCCUGUGGUCGAGGCCAGUGACCUAAGAGGGUUCCAGGUUCUCUCGGUGUUCCAUCCCACGGACGAGGUCGUCAACUCGGUCAUCAUCGCCCGCAAGUGCUCCGCGCUCAAUCACGAAAAGGGAUCGCCGCUCGGACCCAUCAUGAUGCCUAACAAGUGCUGCGAGAUCCAUCAAGUCUUCAAUCCUCUCAACCAUGGGAGUAUUGUGGAGGAGUUGACCAUUGAAGAGAAAUCAUCCUAAGGACGCUCCCGUUCCAUUCUCUCUCUAUCUCUAGGUUCGACAUACACGCAUCCUUUUUUAUGCAAGCGUUUUUAACUUUUCGCCUUGGGCGAUGUAGGGUUUGUGCACGUCGUCUCUGCGUUUUCGUGUCCAGAAAUAAUUCCGAUCUAUAUUCGUGAAAAGUUACAAACCCUUUUCUUUCUUUUUCUUUCCAGGUGGGUUGUGGAUGUUAUGUUGUUCCACUAUGUUGUUCCACUAUGUGAUCUCAUGUAAUGACCUACUGGUCACCAAAUGUUUUAAUAGCUAUCUAAUGCAGUGAAUUGUCCUUUUCUAUGGCC